AUGGCCAACGUUGAGUAUCAAAAUAGCUUCAUCUUGAUCCUCAUAUGCCUCUUCUCAACCUUCUAUUUUUUCUUUGUCUACUUCUUCAAGAAACCAAAGAAUGUCUUUGAUCUACCUCCGAGCCCUCCUUCUCUUCCCAUCAUCGGCCACCUUCACCUUUUCUUCUCUACUUCAAUCCACAAGUCUUUUCAAAAAAUCUCAUCCAAGUACGGAUCUUUCCUCCAUCUCCGUAUCUUCAGUCUCCCCUUCGUUCUCGUCUCCUCUCCCUCGGUGGUCUACGAGAUCUUCAAGGACCACGACAAGAACGUCAGCUCUCGUGGUGCUGUUGGUUUCGAUGAGUGCAUCGUGUUUGGAUCUUCUGGCUUCACUAUUUCUCCCUAUGGAGAUUACUGGAAGUACAUCAAGAAGCUCAUCUUCACUACUACGCUCGGACCUCAAGCGCUGGAGCGGUCGCGAGGCGUUCGUGGUGUGGAGGCAGAGCGGUUUUACAGAAACCUUGUUGAUAAGGCGAUGAAGAAAGAGAGUGUCGAGAUGGGUGAGGAAGCGCUGAGAUUCGUUAACAAUAGCCUCGGGGGGAUGAGCAUGGGAAGGUGUUUUACGGAGGAGAACAAUGAGUCAAAACUCUCCAAAUUUACAGUCGAGUUCGCUUCCUUGAUACUGAAGAUUUUCUUGGCACAAAUGUUGCGAUCGCCGCUUGAGAAGAUCGGGAUCUCACCAUUCAAGAAGGAGGUAAUGGAUGCUUCAAACAGAUUUGAGGAGCUCUUGGAAGGUAUUAUUGUGAAAUACGAAGAGAAGGUGGACGAGCAUGAAGGUGCUGAAAUUAUGGACAAACUCUUGGCAGCUUCUCGAGGCGAAAAUGCGGAGUACAAGAUUACGAGGAAAAAUGUCAAGGCCAUAUUUGCGGAGCUUUUCUUUGGAGCCGGUGACACUUCUUCAACAACAACGCAGUGGGCAAUGGCGGAGCUCAUCAACAACCCUAAGAUCUUUGAGAGACUGAGAGAAGAAAUUGAUUCCGUGGUGGGGAAGAAAAGGUUGAUCCAAGAAACUGAUCUACCAAAACUCCCUUACUUGCGAGCGGUCAUCAAAGAAUCUCUGAGAUUGCACCCGCCAGGGGUUCUCUUGCCAAGGCAAUUUGAACAAGGGUGUAAGGUGGGAGGGUUCUACAUACGUAAAGGCACAACACUUAUUAUUAAUGCUUAUGCUAUGAUGAGAGAUCCUGCUUAUUGGAGAGAUCCUGAUGAGUUUAAGCCAGAGAGGUUUCUAGGCCAAGAGGAAGAGAAAAGAGAGAAUAUACUCAAGUUCCUCCCUUUUGGCGUCGGGAGGAGAGCCUGUCCUGGAUCAAAUCUUGCUAAUAUCUUAAUAGGAACCGCAGUUGGAGUGAUGGUGCAGUUCUUUGACUAG